AUGUUCCUUGAAGAGAUCAAUAUUCAGGGAAACAACUUCCGUGGCACAAUCCCUCAAGAAAUUGGUGGAUUGUUUCGCCUGCAAAAUCUUCGUCUGGCAAAUAGCUCUUUCCAGGGAGAAAUUCCUAUCAAUCUGACUCAUUGCUCACAUAUCCGAGUCAUUGAUUUGAAAGGAAACAACCUUGAAGGGAGUAUUCCUCCUGAAUUGAGUAUUUUGUCUAAGCUCAAUCAAUUGACUCUUUCCAGAAAUAAUUUCUCUGGAAUCAUUCCACCUUCACUUGGGAACCUCUCUGCCCUUCAGACACUUGACCUGCUGAGAAACAAUCUUCAUGGCAGCAUUCCAAGUGAGCUUGGACAACUCUCAAAUUUGCAUUACUUCCAGUUGUCUUUGAAUACACUAUCUGGUGUGGUUCCUGCCCAGCUCUACAACAUCUCCUCUUCCAUCCAAGCUUUUGCGGUAACAAACAACUCAUUGGGUGGAAGUUUUCCAUCCAAGUUAGGCCAGAACCCUCCUCAAUUCCAAUCGUUCUUAGCUGGUAAAAAUCAAUUCUUUGGGUCCAUUCCAGCAUCACUAGCCAAUGCUUCCGGCCUUGCCAAAAUAAGUAUCGGAGACAAUGUUUUGACCGGGCCAAUACCGUUAAAUAUAGGAAGCCUUCAAUAUCUGCAAGUUUUACAUAUUGCCACUAACCCACUUGGAACUGAUAAGGCCAAUGAUAUCAGCUUCCUAACCACCUUGAUUAAUUGUACCAAUCUAAGAGUACUGAGUUUAUCUAGUAUUCAGAUUGGUGGAAAUUUACCCAAUUCGAUCGGAAAUCUCUCCAGCACCCUCACAUGGGUAUGGUUGGAUCAGAACUACAUAUCUGGAAACAUACCUCAAGAGAUUACAGAGCUUGUUGGCUUAUCUCAGAUCACUAUAGAUACAAACAUGCUCACAGGUAGCAUUCCCGAUUCAAUUGGCAAACUUACUAAUUUACAAAAAUUCUACCUUUUCAUAAAUAACAUCUCUGGGGAAAUUCCAUACUCUAUUGGCAACAUCACUGGAUUAGUUUCUCUUAUUUUAGAAGAAAAUAUGCUCGAGGGAAGCAUACCUGUUUCUUUGGGUAAUUGCAGUAACUUGGAAGGACUCCAUCUUGCACGAAAUCGCCUCACCGGUGGCAUACCUGGAGAAGUCAUUGGUCUUUCUUCCCUCUUUCUCGGUUUCAUCGUACGUGAGAACUAUUUAACAGGACCAUUUCCAUCAGAAGUGGGUAAGUCAGACAAGCUCACAGUAUUGGAUAUUUCAAAAAACAAAUUGUCUGGUGAAAUCCCAAGUACUCUUGGGAACUGUUUGAUGUUAGGCUCCCUGCAUAUGGAAGGCAACUUUUUUGAGGGAACCAUUCCAUCAGAGCUAAAAAACUUAAAAGCCAUUGAAUACAUGGACUUUUCUUGCAACAAUCAGUCUGGAAAGAUUCCAUUGUUUCUAGGGCAGUUGAACUUACUUGGCGAUCUCAAUCUUUCCUUCAACAAGUUUUAG